GGAGUGGGAGUGGGAAUGGGAAUCGGUGUGAGAAUGGAAAGAUCACCGGAUAGCCACCAACGCUCAGUCUCAAAAGCUUCGUCGUAGCAACCAAACGCGCAUCUGCCAGAUAGAAGUCAUGCCGUAUGCUGUUAACCCAUUGAUGCUUUGCAUCUUUUUCCUGGCUCUGGUGGUCCUAGCCAUCGAAGCGAGAUCCCGACCCGGUGGCGACGAUCGCAUUGUGUUUCCCAAGGACGAGGAUGGCCCUUCCAUUCACUUUCCGUUUCCCAAAGCCAACAUUACAAAAACUGCCACAACCACAACUGAGAGACCUGCAACCACAACAGACACAGGCAACACAGAACCCACCGUUCUACCAACGUCAGAGGAGGAACCCAAUGGAAACAGCACAGUUCUACCCAUCAUUAUAAAUCGAAUAUUGAUUGAUACUGACAGAAAGUGCAGAGAUGGAUACGAGCUUCAUGCCCAACGGUGUCGAAAGGCCGCUUAGUAGAUUCUAAGAAAUGUCAAUAAAUUAAAAUAUAUGUA